CAGGUCUUAGUCUACAAACUAUGUAGACUCACUAUAUCUGUUGGGGCCCACGUAUGUCUAGAAAAACAGAGACAGUUUCUAUGACUCUCAGGAGCUUCACCUUCUUGUGGACUUCCAUGUUGUGCUGCUUCUUCCUCAAGGCAGCUCUAUUUGCACAGCUACACAUGUAUCCACCUGUUGGCCAGUUGCCCACUGCCUCUAGGAAGAGCUCUUAGGAAGCUGAUGUUCCCCCUGCAGUGGUCCUGAACCUUAUCAGGGUCAUGGAACUCUUUGAGAAUCUGCUGAAAGCUACACACCUUUCUCCAGGAAAAUUCAAUGCCAGCCAAAGUGUAGGGUACCAUUUCAGAGGGUUCCUGAUCCUCUGCUCUAGACCAUCAAGCACCUCAUGAUUUGUCUUCCUAAAGAUGAGUUUGAGGUCUCAGCCUCAGCUCUGGAGGUCUUCUGCUUCCUCAGAAACUCACGAUUUAUGUACACAAUCCUGGGACUAAUUGGAAAGCUUCAUGCUCUGCACAUUGAUAGAUACUCUAUUUGACUAUUUUCAUUUAAUCAAGUGAUGUGCUGCCAAUGGGCCUGCACAAUGUAGGUCUAAAGGAAAGUUUUUGUUUUUUUCCUUUCUAUUGGGAUCUGGUUUUCCUGUGUUUAAUAAAUAGCGAUUCUUGGGACCACUGUUGGAUUGACCCUGAUUUGUUGUGUUUUCAAGCCCUACCUGAGUGUAGACCUAUUUCAAGGAGUCUAGUCUCUUUUGAUUUGUUCUUCAGUGAGUUUUUAUACAAAUACAGAUACAAAUACAAACCAACAAUCUGUUUCCCUCCCUGUUUAAGGCUUGGUCUUUUUGUGACUCUGUGCACUUCUAAUUUGGCCUUUUUCUCAUCCUCUCUGAACUAGUUUCCACUCGUAAAAUGAGUGGACUGAACUACAUCGUAUGUGCUUAAACUGCACUUCUCCAAGCACCUGGGGGACUGGCAGGGCAAGAGUGGGAUAGUCCUGCCCGCAGCACAGCUUCCCCCAGCACAAGUCUGUGUUAUGCGCUUUACAUGCUGGAUCCCGAAUAAGGUUUAUUUUGAGCAAAGUUCCUGAUGUCCGUGUGUGGCUCCUCCCUGCACAGGAGUCCUGUCACCUGGGUGGCAGGUAGAGGCAGGGAGAGAGGCGUUCCUGUCUAACCCACCAAUUCCCCCUCUGUGGCAGACACUGCUUCCCUCUGAUUCCCUAACCCCGUUUCCUACUUCCAGCUACAGGAAGGAUGUUACCUGUGACGAUGAGAACGUCAGUGCUGCUGCUGCUACUGCCCCUGAGUCAGGCUGUUCCCAAACACGGCACCACAAGGCUGGACCCUGAAGUGCAGCAUCCACCUCUACCCAACCCCUUCCAGCCAGGCCAGGAGCAACUUCAACUUCUGCAGAGCUACCUAAAGGGACUAGAGAGGAUGGAAGAGGAGCCGGAGCACAUGAGCCGGGAGCAGGUUCUCCUCUACCUCUUUGCUCUCCACGACUACGACCAGAGUGGACAGCUGGAUGGCCUGGAGCUGUUGUCCAUGUUGAUAGCAACUCUGGCCCCUGGAGCUUCCGACUCUCUCACCACCAACCCGGUGAUCCUGGUAGUGGAUGAGGUGCUGGAGACCCAGGACCUGAAUGGGGAUGGGCUCAUGACCCCUGCAGAGCUCGUCAACUUCCCCGGAGAGGCCCCGAGGCACACAGAUCUCAAAGAGCCCCCAGAGCCACAGGAUGUUGGGAGGCAGCCUCUGUUGGCUAAAAGCCCGUCAAGACAAGAAGCACAUGAAGCCCCAGGUCCCAGAGAAGAAGCUGGGGGACAGGUGGAGGCCAGAAGGGAGUCCUUGGAACCUGUACAGGAGGCUGGGGGACAGGCAGAGGCUGCAAGAGAAGCCCCAGGCCCUGGCGGGGAGGUUGGGGGACAGGUAGAAGCCAGGGACACUGGAGAGAGAGCAGAAGAGCUUCCAAGGGAAACACUGGAGUCUAAGAAAACCCCAAAUGAGCUUGAGGUUCAUGCUGUUCAGCUGGAGAAUGAUGAGAUAUAAACCUUGAGGAUACAGGUUUGCACACCUACAAGUCUCAGUGCCAGAACAUAUGCCCCAAAGGGUAGGGUGUGUGUGUUAGGACAACGACCACCUCUGUGCCCCCUUCCUGGCCCCAGUAGGUGGCAGGUCUUCCUGUGCAGCUCAGGGAGACCCUAAGUUGAAGGGCAGAUUUAGGGCCCAGAAAACCAAUAAAGAACCAAAUGAACCCAUCCCUCUGGGCCAUCGAUCCACUGGUCCAGCCUGCCCUGACCUCAGGCUGCAGGGGGUCGGGACUGGGCAGUCCUCUUGGGAGUGCAGGAAUUCAGUUUACCCAGUGUUCCCAGAUGGUGCUGAGACACAGCAGAGUACAGCACUAGGCCACAGCCAGCUGCAGACAACCCGGGGAAGGGAGCUCAGCCUUUCCCUGGGGCCUAACCACUAGAACGCCCUCCUGCAGUUCAGGGUAGAUCUUCUCCAUCAUCCUGUAUCUGCUCCCCACCCCUGAAAAUAUUAAUAAUUACCAUUUAUUGAGAACCUAGUACACACUGGGCAUCAUGCUGGUCAUUUUACAUAUUGUGAUUU